CAGUCUCCCUAGAGUGCCGUGGUGGGGGACCAAGAACACUAUACGUUUUCUAAUGGGGAAGAGAACAUAGUUGGUCACCAGCAAUCUGCGUUUGACCCUCUUCAAAGCCAAGUUCCUCAUCAUUGCCUAAAAAAACACCAAUUCAGAGCAUAUAUGUGUCCUCCUUGAUUGUCUUCCUUCUGGGGGCAGUGGAAGAAAGAAAAUCAAAAAAUAUAUUGAAAGAAGUAGUAAUGGAAGGGAAGGGAAGAAGGCGAAUGGAAGCAAAUGUGGAGAAGACUGUAAAAACAUAAAUAGAAGUAGAGAAGGAAAUCAGGAGGAAAGAGGAGAGACAGACCACAGAAAAUAGAAGCUAAAAGGAUAAGGGAGACAGAGAGGGAAAGAAAGAGAAGGGAAAACUGAUUUAUUGCUGAGAAGAGUUUCUCUCCUUAGUCCUCUAGGUCAAGAAGUCAGGCAUGGCACAGGACGUGGAAAGGAGACAACAGAACCUCAGUGUAUGAGCCUGGAGAAACACGAGUUCAGCCUGAUGGGUGCCGGAUCCCAUGCCCUGGGCUCCUCUCUCCUGGUGUUUUUCAUCCAAAAGCUUCCUGAGGCAAGAAGUGAGGAAAACUGUGUCAAUCCUGAACAUUGCCUGACCACAGACUGGGUACACCUCUGGUAUAUAUGGUUGCUGGUGGCAAUCGGAGGGCUCCUUCUCCUGUGCGGCCUGACUUCUGUGUGCUUCCGUUGCUGCUGCCUGAGUCGCCAGCAAAAUGGAGAAGAUGGGGGCCCACCUCCCUAUGAAGUGACAGUCAUCGCUUUCGAUCAUGACAGCACUCUUCAGAGCACUAUCACUUCCCUCCAGUCAGUGUUUGGCUCUGCAGCUCGAAGAAUCCUGGCAGUAGCUCACUCCCACGGCUCCCUGGGCCAGUUGCCCUCCUCUCUGGACACACUCCCAGGGUAUGAAGAAGCUCUUCAUAUGAGUCGCUUCACUGUAGCAAGGUGUGGGCAGAAAGCACCUGAUCUACCUCCAGUGCCAGAAGAAAAGCAGUUGCCUCCAAAGGAGAAGGGGUCUCCUUGAAUAGAACACUCUUCAAAUUGAUGGGAACUUUGGUUAUACAAAUGGGGUAAGGGAUGAUGUCCCCAGAUUCUGAAGAGAUUCACAGACACAGUCACAUGAAACAUUUCCUUUUCUAACUUUCAAAAGGUUUAGGAUAGCAUCUAAACAUCAUUCCAUGGAAAAGAUGGGUACUGUCUCUUCAUUCUCAGCUACACAUAUUUUCUGAUAUGGAAUGCUCUGAUCAGGAAAGCUCAUUCUUUAUACAAUGGCCAAAUUGGCAGCUAAUCGUUAGCCAUGCUGAUCGUUACUCACCAGGAAAGCAUCAAAGGUGUCCCGAAUGCCUUCAAUUAUGGAAUGCAUAUAACAUUCUUAUCCCCAUAUAAUACUGCAAGGUACCUUUUUCUCUGGAGGGUAAAGACAACAGUGUAAGCCCAGCCAUCAGCAUCAGUGCAGCAAACUCAUGGCUCUUGAGAGAAUAUCCAUUUCCAUACUGAAUGAGAAUGACCAUUUUAGACAUCAUACAAUACCCAACUAGACAUCCAGAAUCCAAUAGUGGGAUGGCCAGUAUGGGCUAAGGGAAUACAGUAUAGAAGUACCAAAUAUCAAGAUCUUUCACUCUGGCUCUACCCCCAGGCAGUAUGAGAUACUGCAUAGAGGACAGUAAGAGUUCUAUUAGUUUUUUCAGUUCCUCUGUCCUGCAAACAAAUACACACACACACAUGCACACCCUUUGCUAACUUAAUUACAUGACAACUCUGAAAGAAUAGCAUGGCUUUGCUUCUUUCCUCCUUCCAGCUUGGCUACUUAAAGCCACAAGAUGCCUGCAGUGAGACACACUAGUCUCUAGUGAUGGCCCUCACUGCCACCUAGUGGUUGCAAGGUGGAAAAUCCACUCUCCCCUUUGGACUUAUUUGCACACCUCUCCAGUUCUUGAAGAACUAACACUGAACUAAGCCUGCGGUGGCUCCUUCCCAUGGCACCACUUUGCUGUGCAGGACUAAGCUGUCCACAUAAAACACUCCCACCCCACAGUUUUUUAUUGAAAUAUUUAGAAGGUGAGGCAGAUUUGGAGAAAAGUUACUCUCCAGGGACCUUAGAUAAGUCACUAAAAUCUUUAAAACUCAGUUUUCUCAUCGUAAAAGAAGAGAUAAUAACACCUCAGAAUUCGUGUGCAGAUCAAAUAAGCUAAACAUACAUGACAUGAUUCAUAAGGUAUUAUGCAUAUGUACUUGUUGUUAUUCUUAUUAUUGACAUCUAUUUUUCACCUGCCUGCUAUGAUUCAUCUGCAAAUUGUAUACUAACCCAUCCCUUUGCCAGCUUGCUAUGUUAUACCCAAGUCACAUCUGAAGUGGUGUUAUUUCAUCAAUAAAUAUUUGUUGAU